GUUAUCGACCUGUAGGUCAAAUACCUUGUGCCGUUUACGUUAUAAUUGUCAAAUGUCAUUAGGUAGUUGAAAUGUACAUGUACUUGUUAAAAUGUUGACGUUGCGGUAAAAUUGUCAUAAAGAAAUAAUACAAAAAUGAGACCUUCUCUUGGCUCUAUUUUAAUCGCAUUAUUUUUCAUAUUCAUUUUGAAGUCUAUGCACAGUCUUUAUAGUAUAUAUCAAAUACCGGCGUGCGAAAAAGGAGAACCUUGCUAUAAAUCAUUUUUGAACACACAUCCAAAACUUGACCUCUUUAUUUUUAUAUCAGAUAGUUCAAAAUCCGGUAAUUUAGACCAAAUUCUGUUUGAGAAAAACUUUAACUACACAUCACAGUUUGAACGAGUUGUUUCGAUUGAGAUAUCUAAACCUGCUAGAAAUAAUGGAUCUAUCGUUAUACAUUCUGUUCUUGUACCUAGUAGAGCGAGUUACUUAGUAGAAAAUGAUAUGCAAGAUUUAAUAAAAUUGCCUGAUUCUACUUAUAUAAAAAGUAGGCUUACAAAAUAUGCUGUGCCAGUGAGUUCGACUUUUAAUUUAUUGAAUGAGAAAGGGAGGACAGCAAGUUCCAAACCUGUCACGCACUUGAGGUCCAAAUAUUCUGUGAUAAUGUGUACAGAGAACAUAGACAUUCCACAUUCAGCGAUACCAUUUGAAAUUAUGGCAGAUUUUAGAGUUAAUAGAAAAAGAGAGUUUUUGCCUUUGUUUCAAACCAACGUGCUUAACAUGAGAAUUCGAGAUUUAAUUGAAAUUACACCUGAUACUAGAUUAUUGAAUUUUACUUAUGUGUAUAAUCCUAGCUCUGUUGGUAAAUUGAGAUUUUUGAAGCAAAUAGAGAUGACACUUCAUCAAUUUCUAAGUUUAGGUUUUACUGAAAAAGAUUUGGAUGAGGUUAAAGGAGUAUUUGCCGAUACUGGUUUGUAUCUUUUGUGUGCUACACUCUUCAUUGGCAGUGUUCAUCUUCUUCUUGAUUUCUUAUCAUUCAAACACGAUAUAAGUUUUUGGAAAUCGCAAGUUUCUAUGGCAGGUUUAUCCUCAAGAACAGUAUUAUGGAGAGCAUUUUCCCAGACAGUUGUAUUUUUGUUUUUACUUGAUGAAGGUACAUCUUUGCUGGUACUCAUACCUAGUGGAAUUGGAACACUUAUAGAGUUUUGGAAAGUUAGUAAAGUAUUCAAAGUGACAAUAUCUUUGAGAGGACUGAAAUUCAAUAAGAAUAUCAAAGAAACUGAAGCAGAAAAAAUGACUAGACAGUAUGAUGAAGAAUGCAUGAAGUAUUUGAGUUAUCUAUUGUACCCCUUGUGUAUUGGAGCUGCAGUAUAUUCACUUUUGUAUCAACCACACAAAAGUUGGUAUUCUUGGACGAUAAACAGCAUGGUAAAUGGAGUUUACGCCUUUGGAUUCAUCUUUAUGUUGCCACAAUUGUUCAUAAACUAUCGCUUAAAAUCAGUGGCUGCAUUACCUUGGAAAGCAUUUACAUACAGAGCUUUCAAUACUUUCAUUGAUGACAUUUUUGCAUUUAUUAUAACCAUGCCCAUCGCACAUCGUGUGGCUUGUUUCAGGGAUGACGUCGUAUUUUUAAUUUACUUGUACCAAAGAUGGUUGUACCCAGUAGAUAAAACUAGAACUGACGAAUAUGUUGGAGAACAUAUCAGUGACGCCGAUAAAAAAAAUAAAAAGAAAAAAUAAAAAAAAAUGUUAUAUUUUAUUAUUUUUGUUUAAUUUAUUUAAUAAAACUAAAGUUGGUUGAU